AUGGCGAGUACACACAAUAUUGAACAUGGCCCCCGGCAUAUGGUCCAUAGCCAUGCACAUGAAGUCGAUAUUCCCGGAACAGUUGAUCUCAAUGCCGUCGAAGGCGACGACACAGGCUAUGGACAAGCUCUCUACCCAGUCCCUACAGAUGACCCCAAUGAUCCGCUUCAGUGGCCUGAAUGGAAGAAAUCUUCCAUCUUGAUCAUCUGUGCCCUCUACUCGUUCCUCGGAAACUGCACCCUUACUGGACCAUCAGUCUACAUUAGUAUUUAUGCUGAAGAAUUCGGUAUUACUCCUACCAAGGCUUCUGGACUGGUGUCCUAUCCUAAUCUCGCGUUUGGCUUUGGUUCUCUCCUUCUUGUACCCCUGUAUCUCAAGAUCGGACGUCGACCAGUGACGUUACUCUCCAUGGCAUGCUUUGUUGGAGGCUUGAUUGGUGCCUCACGAGCUUCAUCGUAUGAAGGGCUCAUGGUUGCUCGGGUUUUCUGUGGCCUCGGUAGCGGAGUCUGCGAGUCACUCCCCGUUCAACUCGUCAAUGAUAUCUUUUAUCUGCAUGAACGAGGAAAGAGAUUGGGAUACUAUACAAUUUGUCUCUGUCUCGGAGCUACUGGACCCCUAUACGCCGGGUAUAUGCUUGCGGGCGGAUAUUCUUGGAGGCUGUUCUUCUAUGUUGUUCUAGCUUUUGCAGGUGCUCUUCUCAUUGCAGCAUUCUUCCUUGUGGAAGAGACCAACUUCAAACGACCGCAUGAAAACAGUACUCCAUCAGCUAGUAUUGCUGAUGAAAAACUACAAACAUCUGCACAUACCGAAAGUGUCAGUCAGGCAGGGAUUCCGGCUCGCAAGCCAUAUAUCUCGACUCUGCGUCCUUGGAGUUCCAUCGACCCUGACGCACAAUUCUUCGUUACGAUGUUGCGCUCAUUUACCUACUUCUUUGUGCCAGCAGUCUUCUGGGUUAUUACAACCUAUGGCAUAUAUAUCGGCCUUGGAGCUUUCUCAUUCAACUACGUCUUUCCCAUAAAGAUUACGGCGCCACCAUACAACUGGAGCCAGACAAAUUCCGGUCUACUUGCUCUUGCCACUCUUGUUGGCUACCUCCUAGCUUUUCCUUUUACCUCUAGCUCGGACCGUCUAGCUGCAUAUCUUACCAAGAGAAACGGUGGCAUUCGAGAGGCAGAGAUGAGACUGGGUGUUUUGUUACUGCCAAUGCUCAUCCCACCGGCCGGGCUUAUCGUCUUCGGUUACACUGCGGAGCGCAACUUGCACUGGAUGGGAUACUUUGCAGGUGUGGCCAUGGAUCAAUUUGGCUCGUACUUUUACUUUACCUUUGUGCUUGCCUAUGCAGUGGACUCGUACAAUGCAAACACGCCCGAAAUGCUUAUUGCCAUGAAUCUCGGCAAACAGGCGAUUUCGUUCGGAAUGAGCUUGUAUGUACUUGAUUGGGUUAUGCAGCGAGGUUACGUGGUUGUCAUUUCUGGUAUAUUUUGUGGCAUUUUGCUUGCUAAUAAUCUAAUUGUUGUGAUUUUUAUGAUCUUUGGAAAGAGGAUUCGGAGAUAUACGUCAAGGUCUUGGUUGGGAAGACUGCAUGCUCGCACACAAACGAAGCAUAUGACUCAUUAG